GCGCGCUUAAUCAAGACGCCCUCCUUAGUACCUCUCCGUAAGUAUCUGAAAAAGUAAUCUACAGUACGGUGGCAGCGUUUAUAGCGUGAAGUGUUAUUCAUUUUCCAGUUUAUGUUCAGUGGAUGACAGUUGUCACCCGCGCGCCUAUCCAAGGAAUAUUAGUUUAUUCAGAUAAUUUUCUUUUUUUAUCGUAUUUCUCCGCACCAUUUUGAUAAUAAGAUUAAAUUGCAUUAUGUCUGAUUCGAAAAAGCGAAAAACUGAGCACAGUCGUGAUCCUGCGAAAUGGCUAGAAUGGUACGAAGAGUCAUCUGAUGAAGAACCUCCUAGGGAAGAGACAGAUUCUGAAGAGGAAGACUUUGUCAUAAGAAGCGAUCACAACUCUGAUUCAGAACAAGAUGUCGACAUAUUGGCACAAGAUGAGGACAUGGCAAAUGAUGGGAAUUUGACUAAGGAUGACAACAUGACCGAAGAUGCUGGUAUACAGAACUCAGGUGAAAAUAUCUACUUCGUAGCAAAGGAUGGAAUUACUAAGUGGAGAAAAAUGCCACCACCCACCAAUGUAAGAACUAAGUCUUGUAAUAUAAUCAUUCAUCUGCCAGGUCCUAAAGGUGCCGCCCGUGAAAAGAAAUCAGAGAUAGAUAUAUAUAACCUCUUUCUAGAUGACAGCAUUAUAAAUAUUAUCGUAACAUCUACAAAUAUUUACAUCGACAAAAUUCGCUCGAAGUUUGCUCGAGAGAGAGAUGCAAGGUACACGGAUUCAAUAGAAAUUAGAUCUUUCAUCGGACUCCUUUAUCUGAUUGGGACGCUUCGAUCAUCAAGAAAGAAUUUAUCAAAAUUAUGGGAUAAUUCAAGAGGUAAUGGGCUCGAAGCGUGCUAUCUUACUAUGAGUGAGAAAAGAUUCAGAUUCUUGAUAAGAUGCCUCCGUUUUGACAAUAUUCAAGACAGACCGGCCAGGAGAGAGUUAGACAAACUUGCUGCUAUUAGAGAAGUACUCGAACUAUUCAACAAUAAAUUUCAGAGUCUUUUCACGCCUGGAGAAUAUCUUACUGUGGACGAACAGCUCUUAGCAUUUAGGGGAAAUUGCUCGUUCAGGCAGUACAUACCCAGCAAACCUGCUAAGUAUGGACUCAAAGUGUUUGCUAUGUGUGAUUCAAAGACUGCUUACACAGUUAGUUUGGAACCAUAUGUGGGAAAACAACCUCCAGGCCCUUACGAGCAAAGUAAUUCUGGCGAAGAUAUUGUUUUGCGUUUGGUAGCACCAGUUGAGGGCACAAAUAGAAAUAUAACUGCCGAUAAUUGGUUCACGAGCCUAUCUCUUGCUAAAAGUCUCAAAACUAAAAAACUCACCUAUGUCGGAACCAUCAGAGCUAAUAAGAGGGAGCUUCCAAAGGAGUUUCUACCAAGCAAAACACGGGAAAUAAAAUCAUCGCUGUUUGGGUUCCAGGAUGAUGCUACUCUUGUGUCCUAUUGUCCGAAGAAAAAUAAGUCUGUUUUAGUUUUAUCGACGAUGCAUUUUGACAAUGCCAUAGAUGACUCAACUGGCAUAGAAAAAAAACCUGACAUCAUUACGUUUUAUAACAUGACAAAAAUUGGAGUGGAUUUGCUCGAUCAACUAUGCCAAAACUAUGAUGUAUCCCGGAAUUCAAGAAGAUGGCCCAUGGUACUUUUUUAUGAUUUUCUGAAUAUUUCUGCUAUCAAUGCUUAUUGCAUUCACAAGUAUCAUUCCCACGGCCUAAAUAAAUGUGUGAAGAGAGCCAAUUUUCUGGAAACAGUAAGUUGGGAGUUGAUAAAACCCCAAAUACACAGAAGAUCAGAAAUUCAAUCUCUGCCAGUGGAAAUACGACGAAGGUCCAAGAUUUUAGUUGGUGUUCAGGACGAGCCGACUCCCCAGGAAGACAAAACAGGAUCUCGAGGAAGGUGCUUUGUUUGUGGUAGAUCGAGGAACAAAACUACCAGAAGAUGGUGUGUAAAGUGUGGCAAAUGGGCAUGUGGUGAUCAUCUAAAAGAUGUUUGUGUGGACUGUUAUGAAAAUGCAUAGUGUAGUCUUUUACAAGUAAUCCAAAUUCUGUUUUGUUUUUACUUUGCCUCUUUUGAUGCAUAACGUUUUUUUAUAUAACAAUAUACCGUAAUAUUAAAAAUAAA